UCACCUCAUCACAAUUCAUCACAACAAGAGAGGAUACCAAAUAGCAAAUAGUCACAAAACUGAAGCUGUGAUAUCCGUCAUGGAAAACGCGCCGAGGAUCUUGACGGUCCUGGCUCUCGGGCUAGCACUCCUCUGCGCUGGCGCCGGCCCGGCCGCCGCGCAGAACUGCGGCUGCCAGCCAGGCUACUGCUGCAGCCAGUAUGGUUACUGCGGCAAGGGCGACGCCUACUGUGGCAAGGGGUGUCGCUCGGGCCCGUGCCAGGGCGGCGGCGGUAGCGGCGCGAACGUGGGUAGCGUCGUCACCGACGCGUUCUUCAACGGCAUCAAGAACCAGGCCCCGAACUGGUGCGAGGGCAAGAACUUCUACACGCGAAGCGCGUUCCUGAACGCCGCCAACGCGUACCCAGGCUUCGCCCAUGGCGGCUCCGAGGUGGAGGGCAAGCGCGAGAUCGCCGCCUUCUUCGCGCACGUCACGCACGAGACUGGACAUUUCUGCUACAUCAACGAGAUCAACGGAGCGAGCAGGAACUACUGCGACGCGAACAACAGGCAGUGGCCAUGCGCCCCGGGGAAGAAGUACUACGGGCGCGGCCCGCUGCAGAUCUCGUGGAACUACAACUACGGUCCUGCCGGAAAGGCCAUCGGCUUCGACGGGCUCGGGAACCCGGACAAGGUGGCGCAGGACCCCGUGAUUUCAUUCAAGACGGCGCUCUGGUUCUGGAUGAACAAUGUGCACCAGGUCAUGCCGCAGGGGUUCGGCGCCACCAUCCGGGCCAUCAACGGCGCCCUCGAGUGCAACGGCAAGAACCCUGGCGCGGUGAACGCGCGGGUGGGCUACUACAAGGACUAUUGCAAGCAGUUCGGCGUCGACCCGGGGAACAACCUCACCUGCUAGAGGUGCCGAGUUCACCGUUCAUGCAUGCAUGCAUACUUGGCUGGUGAAGAAGAAUAAAUAAUACUCAGCGUACGUAGCAUAUAUACUUGUAAUAUGGCGCCACGAGUACGUGCUAUUAGUAACAAUAAAAAAUGCAGGAUCAUGAAUAAUGAAGCAUCUGUGAUAUGCUAAGUGCCACGAACAAUUUGGGUGCUUGGUAUCUCUAUUCCAGCGUGCCUUGCUGGUGCGUUAUAUAAAGGUUAUAAAGGUGUUUGUUUAAGAAAUGAGGUGGUUCGUUCAA